UGCAGUCAGUCGCUGUGCCGUGCCUCGAGCCAGCUCUGAGUGGAGCCUGUCUGCCAACAGCUUCAGCAGCGGCUCUAUCUGGAUUCUACUUCACUCACUGACAAUUAAAGGAGGCCCCCUUUUCUUCUCAUUUUCGAGGAUUAUUCGUCACCAUGGGCGACAAAAAGAGCCCUACCAGGCCGAAAAGACAAGCCAAGCAGACCGUGGACGACGGCUACUGGGACUGUAGCGUGUGCACCUUCAGGAACACCGCCGAGGCGUUCAAAUGCAGCAUCUGCGAUGUGAGGAAGGGCACAUCCACAAGGAAACCCAGAAUAAACUCCCAGCUGGUUGCCCAGCAGGUGGCUCAGCAGUACCCCAUGCCUCCCCCGGCCAAGAAGGACCGGAGAGAGAGGAGCGAGCGCACGGACAAGGAGCGCCCCCCCGGCGAGGGGGAGCGGGCCGGCGUCGAGGGACCCCCGGAGGGCGAACGUCCCGAGGGAGUCAGGCCAGAGGCGGAGAUCCCCGAGAUGGACAGCGGCGAGAAGGAGCAGCCCGUCAAGGACAAACCCGACAGGGAAAAGGACAUCAGCCCAGCCGUCACGAAGAAGCCCAGCAUCAAGAAGAGCAAACCCAAAUCCGACAGCCAUCAGAGUCCACCGAGUGACAAGCAGAGCAUACAGUCUGGGAAGUCAGCCACCAAGUCCAACAAGAACUCUCACAUCUCCAGGCCCAAACUGAAGAACGUGGACCGGAGUACCGCCCAGCAGCUGGCCAUCACCGUAGGCAACGUGACGGUGAUCAUAACGGACUUUAAGGAGAAGACCCGCUCCUCAUCCACGUCUUCGUCCACCAUCACGUCCAGCGCGGGCUCCGAACAGCAGCAUCAGAGCUCCGGCUCCGAGAGCAUGGACAAGGGCUCGUCACGCGCCUCCACCCCUAAAGGGGAGCUCUCUUUGGGGCACGACGAGUCCUUCUGAGCUCCCUCUUUGUUUUUCCUCUUUUUUUUUUUUGCUUUAUCCCCGUUCCUUCCCAACGCUUCACUCCCCUCUCUUACUCCGCCCAUUUCUGGACACGAUGGAUCCCAUGGGGGGGUGGGGGGGGGGGAGUUGUCGCCCUUUCCCAUGGCUGCCCUGCCCUCCAUUCCAUGACCCCCCCCCUCCCCCCUGGAUGCUGAGCGGAGCCGGCCGGAUGAGAGACGCUGUGCGUGGCACCUUGUUAGGGGAACGCUCUCCCUGAGGAGAGCCUUGCUACAGGGAAUAACCCCCCCCGCCCCCCCCCUCACGGUAGCAUCCAGACACUUGUAUGUAUUGUUUUAUAUUUGUACGUGGAUGUGAGGCCAAGUCGACUCUUUUUUUUUUGUUUUGUUUUGUUUUGUUUUUUUUCGUUUGUUCUGUUUUUGUAAAGAAGAAAUCUCCGCUGGGCACAAUAACCACAACCAUCUGAAUAACUAUUAAUCCCCUUAUUUAUUACCUGUUGCACCUGUAUAUUUUUUUUUUCUCUCUUUAUGUUCAGGCUUUGCAGCAUAGCUCUGCUGAUCGAGCGAUCGUUCCUUCAGUGUUUUCACUACAUGGAAAAUGUUAGGAUCUCACACACACACACACACACACACACACACACACACACAUACACACUGGUGCUAGAUACACUGUGAAGUGAUUCUGCAGAUUUGGGACUAGCCAUUUUCUCAAUGUGACGAAGUGCUUAUGAAUCAAAUUCUCCUUCACUUUUUCCUCAACAACACUGUUAGACCUCCACGGCAGGUCGGACCUUCGUUUUCCAAGCGGCUCGACUCCGAGGUGGUACGCUCCGGCAGGUUGUGCAGUACCUUCUGUCCUUUGACUGUACAGUGUGGGCUGUCGUGUAAAACACUAAAAGCUGUUGAUAUUUUAUUUUAUUUUGCAUUCCACGGUCCAAACGUUGAGUUUGGCGGCUGAAGGUCGGAGCCGUCCCCUCCGCUCCGCGGCCAGAGGUUUCGUUUUCGAACCUUUUUCUUUUCUACUCCUUGUGACUGAAGGAGGCAGUUCUGCUCGGUGAAACCAAGUCGCACUGUAAAACAGACCUUGUUGCGUCAACCUGUUGAUUUUUCUUUCUUUCUUUUUUUUUCUUUUUUUUUGUGGUGGUCCUGAAGGCAACGUUGAAUCCUUGUCCUCUCCACGGCGAAACUGCAUGUAACAAAAGUGAACGAUUUGCAAAGAAUUGACAAUUCAAUUGACUUGUUUUAUAUGUAUUAAUUUAAGACUCCUGUCAAUGAAGGCAAAAAAUAGUACAGUACUUAUUAGAAUGCAAAUAAAAUUUUAUAACAGCGAGGCUUAUGUAAGGGUUUUAAGUAACUUUCACCUUAGCUGAGAAUAGACCAACAUAAUUUCCUUUUUAACUGUAAGAAAUUGUAUAAAGAAUAAAUGUGUAUAUGAUAUCUUAGUUUUAUUUAUUGAAGGACCAAAGGAAUUUCAUAAUGACAUGAUACAUAGACAGAUGAAUAACAAUUUGAAAUGCAAUUAUCUAAUGUGUGAGAUGAAUAACAUUUUAAAUAAAGACUAAUAUAAUCCAUGUAAAUGGUGUUCUUAUUGUGCGCUCGGUGUCUCUGCGGGGCUAAAUCAGAGCGCAGGCUGCUGCACUGAGUGGGCGGCCGGCCGGCGGCGGCUAACACCCCCUCCUGGGACAGUAGCAGGGGAGGAUGAAGUCUGCUCUUUUUUUUUUUUUUUUUUUUUUUUCUGCAGAUUCACACGUAGGGGCGAUAAUCACGUAAGCGAUAUUUCGAGUCCAGGAGUCAUGCGUUGACUUUUUUAAUUUAACAUUUUUUUUUUUCUGUCCCCCCCUGCAUUUUUAGCUCCGGCUAAUGUUCUGUGCUCCAUUAACGUACAGAUCCAGGAUCAGUGGUUGAGAAAUGAGGCAGAGGAGGAGACAGAAUUAGGCCCAUUCCUGUCACCCGCCUCGGUCCGUGGCCAUAUUCACUCCACAGAGCACUCAUUGUUAAAUUGCUAGCGGACGGUCCGCUUGCCGGGCGCGUGAAUUAUUGCUUGUAAAUAGAAUUUUAAAAAGGUGCAAAAGGCAAACACUACGAGCAACGAAGCUGAGGUCUUUUUUUUUUUUUUUAUAAAAAAAUUCAUUUGAAUUUUUUUUUUUUUGGUUUUACCGUUUCCCUCCCGCGCAAGCAGUUCUGUUCUUGUGUGCGACCAGUAACCUUAAUUUACUGUGUAAAGAUGGUUACAUAUUUUAGCUUUGUUUGUUCAGAGACCUAAAUGUAGAAUGCUUGUUUAUUUACUGUAUAACCUUUUAAACGUGAACUUCCAGCUAAGUGUGUGAUACAAACUCAUUUUCUUCCUAGAAAAAAUGUCUUGUACAAUGCUUUUAAAGUUAUUGCUUGGUUUUAAGAGAAAAACAUAGAUGAACACUUAGGGAGAGUACAAGUAUCCAUUCUUUGUUUAAUCCACUUUCCCUCCUUUUUUUUUUUUUUUUUUUUUUUUUUUUUUUGACUUCCAGCUUAUGUGUCUUUGUUUCCUUGUGGACUGGUCACCUUAUGUUCCUGGUGUGGAAAUGUAUGCAGCAUUUUCAGCAGCUCACAGCUCCCCGUCUAGCUAAUGAUGUUGACUAAUACAUGUUUCUGGCAUGUGCACGACUUUGCGCUUCUGAGCUAACCUGAUCAUUUCUCCCCCUCCGCUUCAGAUAGAAAUGUCUAUUUAUGAAUUUUGCUUGUAGUUUUUCACAAAUAAAACUGUCAAAAGUUA